UCUCGUCGCUUCCUUCUUUCUGAACUCAAAAACUCAGAACCUUAGGAGGAGAAGAAGAAGAAGAAGAAGAUGACAGUAGAAGCAGUGAACCCUAAGGCGUAUCCGUUAGCUGAUUCUCAGCUAGCAAUAACGAUUCUUGUUCUUGUCCAACAAGCUACUAAUUACAAACAACUUAAGAAAUGAGCUAAUGAAGUUACCAAGACAUUGAACCGUGGUAUCUCUGAGUUCGUUGUUAUGGCUGCUGAUGCUGAGCCUCUUGAGAUUCUUCUUCAUCUUCCUCUUCUUGCCGAAGAUAAGAAUGUGCCGUAUGUGUUUGUGCCAUCAAAACAAGCCCUUGGAAGAGCAUGUGGUGUAACAAGACCCGUUAUUGCUUGUUCGGUCACAUCCAACGAGGGUAGUCAGUUGAAAUCUCAGAUUCAGCAACUCAAGGAUGCCAUUGAGAAGCUCCUCAUCUAAGAUUUUUGGUGGGUUUCAAAUGAAUGAUGAGUCUCUCCAUUUAUGGAGUAUGGCUUUGACUGAAGUGGGUUGUGCAACCUUAGCUUAUGAAAAACCAAAAAAAAUGUGAACAAUUCCUAUCUGUUUUGAAGAUUGCAGUGCUUUUAUUUGAUUUUGUGUUGGUGCACAAUGCAUCUUUGAACAACUAUCAAUUUUAUUGAGUUUCUUAGAUUUUUGGUU